AUGGUCAGAGUCAAGCCUCUAAGAUGGGACUUCGCACUAGCCGUUGUGGCUCAGGACUACGCAAAUCAGCUAGCAUCUGGUCCAUGCAGCCUCGAGCAUUCCUCUGGACCAUAUGGAGAGAACCUUGCAAUGGGAGGUGGAGAAAUGUCAGCGGCUCAGGCUGUUGCAAUGUGGAUAAAUGAAAAGUCUUAUUAUGAUUAUUACUCGAACUCGUGCCACGGCUCGGCUUGUGGACACUACACGCAGGUGGUGUGGCGUGGAUCUGCUCGGCUCGGUUGUGGUAAGGGUAUGUGUGGUAAUGGUGCAACUAUUAUUGUGUGUAACUAUGACCCUGCAGGCAAUUAUAUUGGAACUAAACCAUAUUGA